AUGCAUUAUCCAGAACAACCUCUUGAGCCUACCACUGAUAAUGACUAUGUCAAGGAACUGAAAUGUUUAUCAGACUCUAAUUUUGAAAUAUUAGAAAAUAAUUCUAGUUUAACCUCUCUCUUAAACCGAACAAAUAAUUAUAUGAAAUUAAUCAAAAUUUGUAGUUUUAAUUUUAGGUUCUUCAGAAUCAUUAGGAAUAAGGAAAGGGUUUCAGGGCCUGUAUCCUUAGAGGAGCGGAAAGGGGCCGAGUUAAAAUUGAUUCGGGAAGUGCAGAAAGGUGAGUUUUAUUCUGAUAUUGAGUCACUUAAGAGGGAUAGCCAGGUACCUCGUAGGAGCAAGCUUAAAUCGUUAAAUCCAUUCAUCGAUAAUGAUGGAAUCUUGCGCGUCGGUAGCAGACUUGCGCAAUCUCAGGUAAGUUAUGAUUGUAAAUAUCCAAUCAUUUUGCCAGCUAGACAUAGGUUGACUUAUUUGAUCAUGUACUAUUAUCAUCUGAAGUAUUUGCAUCUUGGACCAGAAGCUCUAUUGAGUACUGUUAGACAAAAGUUUUGGCCCAUCAGGCGGCAGGAAUCUUGCUAG